CUCUUUCUCGCUGAACUACGAGAACAAAGUUGGCUCAGGGUUCCUAGAAACGGCGCCUUUCAUCUCCUUGGAGUCGCAUCUCUAUUGCGCGGCAUAGGCACAACUACCAACUACUCCUACUUCGUAAGCUAUCACCACCAGCUCACCAUGUACGGUGCUCCACCUGGAUUCCCACCACCGCCCCAGCAGCCGGCACCUCCGCCAUCAGGCUGGACUGAACACUUAUUCUACACGAAUGGGAAGGGCACACCGGCCUUUGAAGCAUUGAUGAAGGAGUUCUUUGUGAAGCUUGAUCCCAGAGGCACCGGAUACAUAACUCCAGAGGCCUUUUCAAGCUUCUUGGAGGCUUCGCGCGUCAAGGAUUCUGACAACAUCUGGAAGAGAGGUCUCACGAACGGUGGCAUGUUUGCAAAAGAGGACAUGGCCGACUUCGAGCUCAAGGCUGCACUCGAAGGCUUCUACUUCGAUCACAAGGUCGUGGUGCGCAACCCUAACGCGCCACAGUUGCCAUAUGGUGGUAUGCCUCUCCUCAGCCUAGCCGGGUUUAUCGACUUCAUGUCAGUCGAAUAUGCAGCGAGCCCAGACGACAUAUUUGUCGUGCCUGGAUUGAACAAUGCAUUGCGCGUGUACAACAUCUGGCCAGAGCGUGGGCCCUUGCCGCGAUACGUGUUUCCUCCAAAACGGCCGAUGGAGGUCCAGCAGCGCAUCGAUGAAGCAAGCCAACGUUGUGCCGCCAACGCGCAGGAGAAGCUCAGGGCGAACCAGGCACGGCUUCAGAUGAAGCUCCAAGGUCAACAAAAUGCCCUUGAUUUGAUUGACGGGACUCGUAGGUACUAUCGGUACUAUUGAAGACUCUAAAGAGUCCACAAGAUUACAAAAGAGACCGUUGAGUUGAGCUGAAACCAAGUCAAUGUCUACCUUGAUGGUAUAGAAUUCACUAUAUACUCCGAUAUGCUCGUGUAGAAUUCAGCGUAUACAUUCAUGGUGCACUCUGGCUGUGUACGAAUCGCAAUAACCAAGCUUCUAGGGGCUCCCAAGCGCUACGUACAACGCCAUUGUAUUCUGUAAUAAGCUAGAACGUAUCAUCAAAAUUCAGAUAAGACUGUCGGGUGAGUCUCCAAAAUUAUCACAGCGCGCGAACGUGCAG